AGCAAAGAAAUGUUUACAAUAUAAAUUAUGGUAUUUGCCAAAUAUGGAUGUGAGACUUUGGACUCCAGAUAUUAAUAAGCCCAUGGAAUCAAUCAACAGAAAACCAAGUGAACAUUAUGUUUGCAGAAUACCCUUCAUUGGUAAAAUAUUGCCCAGAGUUCACUUUGUAGCUGACACUAGAUUCAAAUCACAUGGGUAUCAGGAAUCUGACGAUGGGAAAACCUGCACUGACCUCCACUGCUUUCACAAGCAUACAAACAAAAUUUCUGGAGAGAAAUUCUAUGCAUGUAACCAAAGUUUAAUAUGCUACUCUGAUUCUCCUGAAGGAAGCAGUACUGAAGAGAAAUCCUUUCUAUUUGAGAAAGAUAUGAAAGCCUUCCAUAUAUCCCAAUGUCAUCAAAUAGGGGAAAGAAAUCACAGUGAAGUGAACAAACACUUAUAUAUACAAUAUGAAAAAGAUUUUAAUUCUCACCAUGAUAUUCAGAUACAUAAAAUAGCUGACAAUGUAGAAAAUCACUCUGUGAGUAAACAGUGUGUGGCAGUAUUCAAUAACAUUUCAUUUGAGAAAUGCAAAAAAAUGCACAGUGUGAAGAAACUGUAUGUAUGUAAGCAAUGUAUGAAAAUCUUCUUCUCCAGCAGUAUUUGUAAAAGACAUGAAAGAACUCACACUGGAGAGAAACCAUAUGUAUGUACACAUUGUGGCAAAGCUUUCAAGAGAUGCAGUUACUGUAAAAUUCAUGAAAGAACUCAUACUGGUGAGAAACCAUAUGUAUGUAUACAUUGUGGAAAAGCUUUCAAUAGAUGCAGUGACUGUAAAAGUCAUGAACGAACUCAUACUGGUGAGAAACCAUAUGUAUGUACACAUUGUGGAAAAGCUUUCAGUAGAUGUAGCGAUUUUAAAAUUCAUGAACGAACUCACACUGGAGAGAAACCUUAUGUAUGUACAUAUUGUGGAAAAGUUUUUAGUGCACACUCUUAUUGUAAAGCACAUGAAAGAACUCACAGUGGGGAGAAACCGUAUGUAUGUUAUCAAUGUGGGAAAGCUUUCAGCUGCUACAGUAAUUGUAAAACUCAUGAAAGAGUUCACACUGGGCAGAAACCAUAUGUAUGUACACAUUGUGGAAAAGCUUUUAGAAGACAUACUUCUUGUAAAAAUCAUGAAAGAAGUCACACUCGGGAAAAACCAUAUGUAUGUAACCAAUGUGAGAAAGCCUUCACCUCAUAUAGUGCUCUUCAAAAACAUAAAAGUAUUCACACUAGAGAGAAGCCAUGUUCAUGUGACCAAUGUGGAAAAACAUUUAUUUGCCAAAGUGAAUAUAAACGACAUCAAAGCACUCAUACUGAUGAGAAACCCUAUGUAUGUAAUCAAUGCGGAAAAGCAUUUAAAUCCCCAAGUAGAUGUAGAGAACAUCAAAGAACUCACACUGGAGAGAAGCCCUAUGUUUGUAACCAAUGCGGGAAAGCCUUCACCAGACACAGCUAUUGUAAAAGACACGAAAGAACUCACUCUGGGGAGAAACAUUAUGUAUGCAAUCAAUGUGGGAAGGCAUAUACCAGACAUGAUCAGUAUAAAAGACAUGAAAAAAUUCACACGGAGAGAAAACCCUAUAUAAGUAGCUAGUGUGGGAAGCCUUCACUAGACAAACUUUGUAAAACACAUGAAAUAAGCCAUUUUAAGGAGAAAGCAUAGGUAUGUAAAAUGUGAGAAAGCCUUUACUAGACAAAGUCAGUGUAAAAGACAUAAAAGUACAUUGCUUAGAAACUCUUUCUAUGUAAACAAUAUUGGUAAGUUUUUAACAGAAACAUUGUCAAAAACAUGAAAGAUGUGACUAAGGGGAAGCUCUGUGUAUAUAAGUAAUGUGGAAAAGGUUUCAGAGAAUACACUCAUUUCCAAAGGCUUGAAACUUCUAGGGUACAAAGGUUACAUGUUUACAUUGUUUGGAAAUGCAUAAACUACACAUAGAUAUUGUGAAGUUUGUGAAAAAAGAAUGGUCCAAAAACCCUUCAGCUAUUUAGUAAUUAUCAUAGACUUAAAAAUGUAAGAGAAAUCAUGUGAAUCUGUUAAGGUAAUUUGUACAAACAUUGAAACACCUUAAGAGAAGUCUAAGAAUGUGAAAACUUUCAAUGCAUAGAGAAAUGACUACAUAUAUGGAGGAGUAAUUAAAGAAGAGAAUCUUAGCAUUUAUGAACAUUGUAGGAAGAUUUUCUCAGUGCUUUCAAAUACAUAAAUAUUUUCAUGUGAUCAAAGCCUCAUAUAUGUAGUUAAUAUGGGAAAUCCUUCAAUUUUUCCAUAUUAAAGUAGAUGAACAAAUUCCUACUAAACAAAAACGCUAUGUGAAUAAUUUUAGCAUUAUAUAAUUCUCGUAAUAUCAGAAAACAUGCAUGCACACAAAGGAAGAGUACAUAUAGAGCAUUUGAAUUGUCCUUCUAUACAACUGACCUUUCUGUGAUAUAUAGUAAUUCAUAGUGCAGAAAUACAUAUCAGUAUAUGUUUUUGAGCAUAUACCUAAUCAUGCUUUCUUUCAUACUUCAAGUGAAGAAUGUCCUGUGAGAAUCCAUUAAAAAUGGAUACGGAAAUCUGUUAGAUGUAGAAUACUGUGUGUGCUAUGCCUAUGAAUGUGCAAUGUUUUCAGUUAUAGCUCAGUUUUAAAAUCUUUUGAAUGUUUCUCAAGUGGUGCACAUAUAUACAAGUCAUAAAACUGGAUCUCUAUUAUUUUCUUUAAAGUCCAGAAAUAGGAGUGAUACCCUAAAAUGUAAAUAUAGUAAACUGAUUAUUGAAGGAGAUCUCUGGAGUAGAUAUCAUAAGUUGCAUUUUGUGAAUUUACAUUGUACUAACAUAAAUGUAUAUGUUAUUGUAAGGAAUACCAUAACGUUUUGUUUUGCCUUUACUGAAAUUGGGUCAUAGUUUAUUUUGUACAGUGGUGUAAGUAAAAGUAACUUUCUAUGUUCCUUACAUAUUAUGAAGCUUAGAAGUUUUAUAGUUAUUUUUAUCUUCUUUGAUUUUGCUUUUAUUGAGGGAUAAAAUUACCCCUAAACUGAGCU